CCCGCCCCCCAGAACAUCUCUGUGAGGUCUAGAAUGGGCCGAGAGGAAAACGCCCAGCGGUGGCUCUUAUAUGUCCUGGUGCCAGUCCUGUUCUACAGGGUGGGAAGCUCCGUCUUCACCCCUCGGAAGCUCUAUGGGGAAGUGACUUCCCCUCUGUACCCCAAGCCUUACCCCGACAACUUUGAGACCACCACUGUGAUCACGGUCCCCACGGGAUACAGGGUGAAGCUCGUCUUCUGGCAGUUUGACCUGGAGCCUUCGGAAGGCUGUUUCUAUGAUUAUGUCAAGAUCUCUGCCGAUAAGAAAACCCUGGGGAGGUUCUGUGGGCAGCUGGGCUCUCCACUGGGCAACCCUCCAGGAAGGAAGGAAUUUAUGUCCCAAGGGAACAAGAUGCUGCUGACCUUCCACACGGAUUUCUCCAAUGAGGAGAAUGGCACCAUCAUGUUCUACAAGGGCUUCCUGGCCUACUACCAAGCUGUGGACCUGGACGAAUGUGCCUCCCAGCUCAACUUGGUCGAGGAGAAUCCCCAGCCCCUGUGCCAGCACCUGUGUCACAACUACAUUGGUGGCUAUUUCUGUUCCUGCCGUCCAGGCUACGAGCUUCAGAAGGACAGGCAUUCCGGCCAGGCCGAGUGCAGCAGUGAGCUGUUCACAGAGCCGUCGGGCUACAUCUCCAGCCUGGAGUACCCCCGGCCCUACCCCCCCGACCUACGCUGCAACUACAGCAUCCGGGUAGAGCGGGGCCUCACCCUCCAACUCAAGUUCCUGGAGCCUUUCGAAAUCGAUGACCACGAGCAAGUACACUGUCCCUACGACCAGCUACAGAUCUAUGCCAACGGGAGGAACAUUGGUGAGUUCUGUGGGAAGCAAAGGCCAGAGCCCAUUGACACCAGCAGCAACUCCGUGGACCUGCUGUUCUUCACGGACGAGUCGGGGGACAGCCAGGGCUGGAAGGUGCACUACACCAGCAGAAUCAUCAAGUGCCCGCAGCCCAAGACCCUCGACUCGUUCACCAUCAUCCAGGACCUGCAGCCUCAGUACGAGUUCCGGGACUACUUAAUCGCCACCUGCAAACCAGGCUACCAGCUCACGGAGGGGAAACAGGCGCUCCUGUCCUUCACAGCUGUCUGCCAGGAUGAUGGCACAUGGCAUCGCGCCAUGCCCAGGUGCAAGAUCAAGGACUGCGGGCAGCCCCGAAGCUUGCCUAAUGGAGCCUUCAAUUAUACCACCACAAGGGGGGUGAACACCUACCAGGCCCGUAUCCAGUACUACUGCCACGAGCCGUAUUACAAAAUGCAAACCAGGGACGGCAGAAGCAAGUCUGAGCGAGGGCGGUACAUCUGCACAGCUCAGGGCAUGUGGAAGAAUGAGCUGGCAGGAGAGAAGAUGCCUCGGUGUUUGCCAGUGUGCGGGAAACCCGUCAACCCUGUGGAGCAGAAGCAACGCAUCGUUGGAGGCCAGAAGGCCAAGCUGGGCAACUUCCCCUGGCAGGCCUUCACCAAUAUCCACGGGCGAGGGGGCGGCGCGCUGCUGGGCGACCGCUGGAUCCUCACGGCCGCGCACACGCUCUACCCCAAGGAGUACGAAGCGCAGGGCAACGCCACCGUGGACGUGUUCCUGGGCCACGUCAGCGUGGAAGAGAUCACCAAGCUGGCCAACCACCCCGUCCGCAGGGUCAGCAUCCACCCAGACUACCGCCAGGAAGAGUCCCACAAUUUCGAGGGGGACAUCGCCCUCCUGGAGCUGGAAAAUAGUGUCACCCUGGGCCCCAACCUCCUCCCCAUCUGCCUCCCCGACAAUGAGACCUUCUAUGACCAGGGUCUCAUGGGCUAUGUCAGUGGCUUUGGGAUCACGGAGGAGAGACUUUCUCACAACCUCAGGUUUGUCCGUCUGCCCGUAGCUAAGCGAGAGGAUUGUGAGAGCUGGCUCCGGAAAAAAAAUAGGAAAGAUGUGUUUUCUGAAAACAUGUUCUGUUCUGGGGACCCGACUCUAAAGCAAGAUGCCUGUCAGGGGGAUAGCGGAGGGGUCUUUGCAGUGAGGGAUGAGAAAAAUGAUCGCUGGGUGGCGACAGGCAUCAUAUCCUGGGGCAUCGGCUGCAGCAGGGCGUACGGGUUCUACACCAAACUACUCAACUACGUGGACUGGAUCAAGAAGGAGAUGGAGGAGGAGGACUGAGCCCGGAAUUCACUAGGUCAGAACCCAAAGAGCAGGGUG